AAUUGUCAACAAUGUUAUUUGACACUUCGCAUAAACUUAGUUUGUAUUUUAUAUCACCCAGCCCGACAAGCUAAAAAAGGGUUUACUGUUUGAUAAUCCUUAUUCUUAGUUCAGACAUGGCUACAACAAUAAUGAAACUAGAAGUAGAGUCAGAAACAUGUUCAAUAUGUGGCAGUGGUGGAGAACUAUCAACUCCAGAAGAGUACGACGCGGGCGCGCUUUCAAUGCAAGUGCCCCUUAGAACUAUGUUACUGCAAAUAAACAACAAUAAGGUUGUACCAGAAGGACGUUUCUGCUCCAGUUGUAUCCGACGCACGGUAGACGCCUACGAGUUUAGUUCGGCGCUCUCGGCGCGCUCCGUUCCUCCCUUGAGUGAAAAAAUUCGAAACUUACGAAGAAAACUGUUAGAUCUCACUCAAAAAAUAGAUGUAUUCAUUGUGGUCGGUGGGCCUGGGGUGAACUCUGGUGGGUCUUACAGUGAAGAUGAUUUGAUCAUGGUGGAGAAGGAUGCAUUAGCUGCAGCUGCAUCUCUAGAUGACGAAGAUAUGGAGAAGGCUAGAAAUGCUGUUGGAGAGUCAGUGUACCAGUGCACUGUUUGCCCUAUGUCAUUCCAACGCGCGAGCGAGUACCGCGCGCACGUGUCGCAGCACGGCGAGGGCGCGCGCCACUCGUGCUGGACGUGCGGCGCGCAGUUCGGCUCGGCGCCCGCGCUCGCCGACCACGCCGCGCUGCACGCCGCGCCCACCGCGCAGGCCUGCCACGCCUGCCCGGCCACCUUCCAGACGGCGGGCGCGGCGCGCGCGCACGCGGCGGUGUGCGCGGCGCGCGCGCGCUGCGAGGUGUGCGGCGAGCUGUUCCCGACGCGCGCGCUGCUCGCCGCGCACGCCGCCUGCGCGCACCCGCCCUCGCUCACCGAGCCGGCGCUGUGCCCGGUGUGCCUGUGCGCGGUGGGCGCGGGCGCGGCGGCGGCGCACGCGCUGGCGCACCGCCAGGCCGACCGCUUCGUGUGCGGCUACGACGCCUGCAUCCUGCGCUUCCCCACGCGCAACGACCUGCUCGCGCACAUCCGCUCGCGGCACGCGGGCGCGGCGGGCGCGACUUUCCCGUUCAUCACCUCUUCCAUCCCUUAUGUCAGAUAA